AUGUUCCAGCUCUCUGUGAUCAAGGACACAGUAGCUGUACAUCCAUCACAAUUCGGUCUACCUCCAGAACAAGCCAUCACAAAUGAACUCAACAAGGUCUAUGCGAACCGCGUCUUGCACGACGUCGGCUUGUGCAUAUGCGUCUUCGACCUCGCGGAAGUAGGGGAGGGCAAGGUGCGGUACGGAGAUGGAUGUCUGUGGUACAAAGUCAUCUUCCGUCUUUGCGUCUUCCGUCCCUUUGGAUCCGAGGUCAUUCUCGCGAAGGUCAAGUCCUCCGAUGAGGACGGUGUCCGACUCACUGUCGGAUUCUUUGACGACAUCUACGUCCCCCUUGUCUACCUUCCAGAACCUUGCGCCUUCGACCCGAAAGAGCGAGCACACUUCUGGCUGCCGGGAUCGGAAGUAACCUCAUCUCACGAGCUCCUCGACUCGCCCCUGACGGACCGGAUGUACAUCGACGCCGGGAUGUCCUCCGAGUGCGCGUCGAGGGAGACGAGUUCCAUGACGAUGAGCCUGGACCACCGAAGGCGCAUGAGGGUGUUCAACAGGCUCGCGAGAUGCGACGGCCCCCGUAUACCAUCACCGUAA